AUGGGAGAUGCGGCUGAACCCUACGUAACGCCUGAGACGCCAGCGAGACCAGCCAUUCUAAACCCGUUUGAGAGUCCUAACGAUUACCAUCGCCUGCGUGAACCAAUCGUCUCAAGCCCAUCUGUUUUCAAGUGGUCUACAGCUUCAUCAGCCACACCAGCAAAGUUCAAGUGGUCUAUUGAUGAAAUGGCAAGCCUCCUCCCUGUGCACAUAGAUCCGGAAGAUAUACACCGCCAGUCUUUGUAUAUGAGUCAAACCAGAACGGAUUCUGAAAUUGAAGCAAAGCGACAGAGUGCUAUUGACCAGUUUUUCACAAAAGGCACCAUAGUUCCCUCACCCUGGGGAGCCCCAACUAGUAAACCAUUACUGCAAGGCCACCAUGAAAAAAGUCCCUUAUCUCCACUGGUGACAGACGAGCCACAAUCGACCAAGAAAAUCAAUGCAACUUGCCAGACAAUCCUGUCUUUACCUGUGGACUUUGAUCUUGAGAAAAUAUUAGGUGAUCAUUAUAAGACGGAGGAGGUGUCUGAGCAGGUACAGGAUAGUCUGAGCUCCUCCUCCCUGCGACGAAAACUUUUUUUGGACGGCAUCGGGAGUGGAUCCGAGUCGUCAACCCCGUCUAGCCCAGAGAGGGAACACGACGCGCCCCUGGGCGGCGGAGACAUGAUGUCGUCAGUCAUCGUCUCUCCGGUCCAAUGUAAAAUGGCUGCUCGGACCCCAUCGUCUGGUCAGUUUUCAUCAAGCCCUAUCCAGGAUAGAUGUCGUGCCUACAGCCUUGGGAGUGUCACUAGUCCCAUGUUUCCGGAGAGGACAUCACCACUAUUCAAAUCUCCCACGUUAUCCCCCAUCGUCCUACAGCACGCUAGAACCCCCAUGUCAGGUGAGAGGAAGAAGUUGAGUUUUGUAACCCCUGAGGCAGCUCCCCUGGGCAGCUCGGACAUUGCCCUGAGUCACUGCGGGGAGAGCCCGUACGUGGAGGGUUGCUCACCGAUCCGUAGCUGCUCCCCGUUCCAGCCCAGACACAAAAGCGCCCAGGGGUGGGCCUCACCACCUCACAUCUCCCCCAUCCUCAACCCAGCCCUCCUGGACAAAGACAACAUCAACCUCAGCCAACCACUGCCCACCAUGGACCUUGACUCCUGCUCGCCAAGUCUUGCUCGACGCCAACCCGAGCGAGUUUGGUCAGGGGAGAGUGUAGCUAUGUUACCCGAGCUGCACCAGAUGGAGCAGGAGGAGGCUAGUGAGGAGAAAAAGAUGGAGGAGGAAGGUAAAGGUGUUGAAAAGAAGACAAAAAGUAGAGAAAAGGAGAAGGAACAUAGGAGAAGCAGCAGCAAGGAGGAAUCGUGUGCCUGGGGUCCAGAGGAAGAAGAUGGUGCCUCACCUGUGCGGUUAACCAGCUCACGUACAGGGAGCGUGUCCAACGCAGAGAGCACACACAUGUUUGUGUCACUGCUAACAGAGGGAAGCUGUAACCCAUAUGACAUGAGUAUGCAGGUGGACAGCGGUUAUAACACAUACUCGGUGUGCACUAACAGUCUUAUGGAUGGCAUCAGCUCAGACAGCCAGAGUAAGGAGCUGUUUGACACGCACGUUCCAGAAGAAGGCACCGCUUACAUUAAACACACUAGAUCCAAGUCACUGCUUUUUGUCAACACAUCACCCGACUAUACGUCCAACAGCAGAGCCUAA